CGCUGUUGACUAGUAGGCAUGCGUGUUGUGUGAUUGCAGAGCAGCGCAGGUUUGUCUCCACCGGUCGAAGCACAGCUGUGGAGAUCGUCAAUAUUGAAAUCCCAGGCGAAACUACGACCGUUUGCCCAUGGCCCAAUUCGGGGGACAGAAGAACCCUCCAUGGGCAGCCCAGUUCGCACCCCCGGUGUCGCAACCAGGGCACACGGGACAUACACAUACAGGACAAUCACUGGACCUUGGCAGUUUACACUCUCUAGGUGUUCAGCAGUCGUCCCUAUUGGGCGCCACCCCCAACAUGUACUCGCAGCAGCAGUCGGCUCUGGCCGCCGCCUCCCAGCUCAACACCCAGUCGGCUGCUAACUACCAGCUCAGCCAGCAGACAGCUGCCCUCCAACAGCAGGCCGCAGCAGCCGCCGCAGCUGCCCUCCAACAGUCCCAGAUCAAUACAGCGCUGCAGCAGUAUCAGCAGCAGCAGCAACAGCAGCAGCAGCAGCAUCAACAGCAUCAACAGCAGCAGCAACAUCAACAGCAUCAACAGCAGCAGCAACAUCAUCAACAUCAGCAGCAGCAGCAACAGCAGCAGCAGCCACCACCACAGCCCUCUCCUCAGCAGACCCUCUACAAUGUCCCUCACCAGCUCCCUCAACCUCAACAGGCCUUGAUGUCCCAGGACUUUAUUCUGCAGCCCCCUGUGGCCCUCCCUACCAGCCUGAGCCUGUCCAACCCCCAGCAGACGGCCCAGAUCACCGUCUCCUACCCCACGCCACGCUCCAGCCACCAGCAGCAGAGCCAGCCGCAGAAGCAGCGCGUCUUCACCGGGGUCGUCAACAAGCUGCACGACACCUUUGGCUUUGUGGACGAGGAUGUCUUCUUUCAACUCAGUGCGGUUAAGGGAAAGACCCCACAGGUCGGAGAUCGUGUUCUGGUGGAGGCCGUCUACAAUCCCAACAUGCCCUUUAAAUGGAACGCCCAAAGGAUCCAGACUUUACCCACGAUGGCCAACCAGCAGUCGCACCAGGCUCCACAGACCUUACCUCAGGUUUCCCCACAGCUGUCCAGCUUUUACCCGCAGGACGGUGGAUUGGUGCGCUACCCUGAUAUCCAUUCGUCGGUGGACACGAGACAAAAUAGCCAGCCCCCGGGGCCCAGCAUGAUGAAGCCGCCCCCUCCCACCAUGCUGCAGUCGGUGCCUCCCCCCACCAGCUUCAGCGUACCGACCCAGGGCCCCCCGCCCUCCCUGCUGCAGGCGCAGCUCUCGGCCGCCUCGCUGGCCCCGCUGCUGCAGAACCCCCCGCAGCCCCUCCUGCCCCAGCCCCCACCCAAAGGUACCAGCACAAUCAUCAAAGAGUACUCAGGUGGCCUGCUGCAGCCUCCGGUGCGGAUGAUUGCUCAGCCCCAGCCAGUGAGGCGCAUUGAGCCCGCGCCACGCUUCCCCAACCGCGCCGAACGGGCCCAGCCCGAACUCAUCCUGAGGAAGGACGACCGCAGGGACAGAGAGCGCGAGCGUAGGCGUUCGAGAGAGCGCUCCCCAACGCGGAAGCGCUCCAGAGAACGCUCUCCUCGCCGGGAGCGUUCCCCCAGACGCCCCCGCCGGGCCCUGCCUCGCUACACCGUGCAGUUCUCCAAGUUCUCCCUGGAUGGCUAUAACUGUGACAUGAUGGAGCUGCGGCGGCGCUACCACAGCCUCUACAUCCCCAGUGACUUCUUUGACGCCGUCUUCACCUGGGUGGACGCCUUCCCCCUGAUCAGGCCCUUCCAGUUUGGCAACUACUGCAACUUCCACAUCAUGCACAAGGAGGUGGACGCCCUGGUCAAGAACACGGCCGUGCUCGACCCGCCCGACGCCAACCACACCUACAGCGCUAAGGUGAUGCUGCUGGCCAGCCCCAGCUUGGAGGAUCUAUAUCACAAGUCAUGUGCUCUAGCUGAGGACUCCUCAGAGAUGCGAGAGUCCUUCCAGCACCCGGCCCGCCUCAUCAAGUUCCUGGUGGGCAUGCGGGGUAAAGACGAGGCCAUGGCCAUCGGGGGCCACUGGUCGCCCUCUCUGGACGGGGCUGACCCGGAGCGCGAUGCCUCAGUGCUGAUAAAGACAGCUAUACGCUGCUGUAAGGCUCUGACCGGCAUCGACCUCAGCCUGUGCACACAGUGGUAUCGCUUUGCAGAGAUUCGCUAUCACCGCCCUGAGGAGACACACAAAGGGCGGACAGUCCCCGCACAUGUGGAGACAGUGGUUUUAUUUCUGCCGGAUGUUUGGCAUUGUCUUCCCACCCGCUCAGAGUGGGAGGGCCUGUCACGCGGACUCCAGGAGCAGCUGGCGCAGAAGCUGUUGGCCGAGCGCAAGGAGGCGGAUGGAGACCAGGAGGAAGAGGAGAAGGAGGAAGAGGAGGCUAAGGAGGUCACCACUCCGACCCACUGGGCCAAGCUGGACCCCAAAUCCAUGAAGGUGACUGACUUGCGUAAAGAGCUUGACUGCCGCUCUCUGAGCUCCAAGGGCCUUAAGUCUCAGCUGAUCGCUCGGCUGACGAAGCAGAUCAAGCUGGAGGAGCAGCAGGAGGAGGCCAAGGAGCCCGAGAAGCCCGAAGUCCCCCCGCCCGAGGAGGAGGACCCCGCACGCACAGAGGAGGACCACGAGGAAGAGGAGCGUAAACGGCAGGAGGAACUAGAGCGUCAGCGUCGUGAGCGGCGAUACAUGCUGCCCGACGAGCCCACCAUCAUUGUGCAGCCCAACUGGGCCGCUAAGAACGGCAAGUUCGACUGUAGCAUCAUGUCCCUCAGCGUGCUACUGGACUACCGCCUGGAAGACAACAAGGAGCACUCCUUUGAGGUGUCUCUGUUUGCCGAGCUCUUCAACGAGAUGCUGCAGCGCGACUUUGGCUUUCGCAUCUACAAGGCUCUGACCGGCCUUCCCCAGAAGGACGAGAAGAAGGACAAGAAAGAGAAGAGCAAGAAGGACGGCGAGAAGAGGGACAGUGAGAAGAGAGACUCUGAGAAAAGAGAGACUGAGAAAAAGGAGAUCAAGAAGGAGAAGGACAAGGACAAGGAGGAGGAGAACGGUGAGCCUGCUGUGAAGAAAGCCAAGGAAGACGAGGAGAAGAAAAAGGACGAAAAGGAGAAGGAGGAGAAGGUUCUGAAGAAGGAGGAGUCUAAAGAGGAGGAUGACGAGGAUGAGGGCAGCAAUAACAACGCUGAGGAGUACGACCCCAUGGAGGCUGAGGAGGCGGACGAUGACGACGACGAUGACAAAGACGACGAUGACUCAACAUCAGGAGGGAAAGACCGCAAGGAGGACAAGAAGGAGGAGAAGAAAUCAAAGGAGAGGUCCUCUAAAGACAAGGAAGAGAAGAAGAAACAGAUGGUGACCUUCCACCGGGACCUGCUAAUGGCCUUUGUCUACUUUGAUCAGAGCCACUGUGGCUACCUGCACGAGAAGGAUGUGGAGGAGAUCCUCUACACACUGGGGCUGCACCUCUCCAGAGCCCAGGUGAAAAAGCUUGUGAGUAAGCCGAUGGUAAGGGAUUCCUGUUUCUACCGCAAGAUGACCGACGGGCCCAAAGAUGAGGCGCCUCCCAGUUUGAACGUUGACACUCAGCUUGAAACUCUCCUGGGCAACCGGGCCAUGCUCCCGUCCCUGAAGGCCAAGCGUCCGAGCGAGUCUGGCGAAGGCAGCGGCGGCGGUGGUGAGAGCGGCGAGUCGGGCAGCCUGAUCGUCUACAACGGGGCCAUGGUGGAUGUGGGCAGCAUGAUGCAGAAGCUGGACAAGAGCGAGAAGGCCCGUGAGGAGAUCGAGCAGAAGCUCAUGCUGCAGGACACUAAAAUGGAGGAAGAAGCCAAGCAUGCUACAGAGCUGGAAGCAACUAAUCGCAACCUGGCGCGUGAGCUGGAGGAGCUGCGGAGCCGACUGUCCAGCACGGAGGGCAACCUGCGCAGCAGCGAGGAGAAGAAGGACGCCUUCCACACGCAGCUGCGCAAGACCUCCGCCAGUCUCACCGCCGCCAUGAAGGAGCUGAACAGCGUCUUAAGCAAGGAGGAACCGACCGAAUCCAGUGACCAAAAAGUCCAGGAAAAUGGCUCUGACGAUUGAAUGGCCUUUUUUGAUUUAGGAGCAAUCCUUUCUUACAAAAUUGUAUAUAAGCACUAAAAACAAAUAUAAUUUCAAACUGAUUUUAUUUUGACAAGUGUUUUGACACAUGUUGUGGUGUACAGUUUUGCAGAUAGAUGGGUUCAUUGAAAACUUGGUGAUAUUUCUCUAACUCACAUUUCAUGGGUCUCCAUUUUUGUUCAGAGCAAGUGUCUAGAUUAUUUAUGUCGGUUAAAAACUUUUUUAAUGGAAAUCAGUUUUUAAUAUUUAAAGUGUUAAAUGGACAGAAAUCUGAAAUUUGCUUUUUUUGUUGCUUGUUUUGAUUCCAGUUGCUAUUUUAUGUUGUGCUCAGCCAACCUCUCUUUGACCUAAAUCAGUACAACAUUCGUGCCAGUAUGUGACCGCUAUUCUUUUUCAGCCUUUGUUACUAGCAAUAAUUCAGUAGUUCUAUUUAUGUUUGUAUGGUUUAAUAUUGGAAAUUGUGUUCUAAUGAAAUAUAAACUAACAGCCUAGAAAAUAGACCAUCUGAUUUUGAAACCAGAUGUUUUUCAGAGUUAUAAAGUUGCAAUGACUUGGUGUUAUCAGUGACCUCCCAAUCAUGACUUACGAGGCCUUUGGUCUUGAACACUUGGAGAAAUCUUCUGCACGCUAUUCAUUUGAAAACUGAUUUGUUUCUUUUAAAGGAGACUGUUUUGAAUCUGAAUUCUGGUUGUCAUUGCAAAAUGUAAAUGGUUUAGUGAAAACAUAAAAGACAUAAUCUGACAUGCUCUUCUGUGUUCUCAAAUAUAGUGGACAGUACGGUUUUCCCAGCUGUAUUCAGCAUACAGACGAGUUCCCCCCUCCACCCCCACCCCAACACUGGAUCAAAAAACAAUGACCUUCUUACUCCAAGGUCUUUAACAUUUGAUCCUGUUUAUUGAAAUGAAGGCAAGGUGCUGUGAAUGAUUGAUUGAUAAUCUAGAUACAUAGAGAAGAGCCAAACGUAGGAAGAAAAUGAACCCAAAGCAGCCAAGUGCAUAUUAUUUUUCUAUUUCAGAUGUACUUUAAGGUUGUCUCGUGCAGAAAAUAAAUGUGAUUUCUUUUUAACAUAAA